AUGCAGGGAUCCAAUGUACAGGUUGACACAACUACAAAUUCUGUCGACGUCACAAGUGAGCCAGAACCACCUACUCCAACGACAUCUUCUUCAACUACAAAUUCUGUCGACGUCACCAGUGAGUCAGAACCUCCUACUCCAAUGAAGUCUUCUUCAACUACAAAUUCUGUCGACGUCACCAGUGAAUCAGAACCACCUACUCCAAUGAAGUCUUCUUCAACUACAAAUUCUGUCGACGUCACCAGUGAGUCAGAACCUCCUACUCCAAUGAAGUCUUCUUCAACUACAAAUUCUGUCGACGUCACCAGUGAAUCAGAACCACCUACUCCAAUGAAGUCUUCAUCAACUACAAAUUCUAUCGACAUCACCAGUGAGUCAGAAUCACCUACUCCAACGACAUUUUCUUCAACUACAAAUUCUGUCGACGUCACCAGUGAGUCAGAACCACCUGCUCCAACGACGUCAUCUUCAACUACAAAUUCUGUCGACGUCACAAGUGAGUCAGAACCACCUACUCCGACGACGUCUUCUUCAACUACAAAUUCUGUCGACUUCACAAAUGAUUCAGAACCACCUACUCCAACGACGUCAUCUUCAACUACAAAUUCUGUCGACGUCACCAGUGAGUCAGAACCACCUACUACAACGACGUCUUCUUCAACUACAAAUUCUGUCGACGUCACCAGUGAGUCAGAACCACCUACUCCAACGACGUCUUCUUCAAUUACAUAUUCUGUCGACGUCACCAGUGAGUCAGAACCACCUACUACAACGACGUUUUCUUCAACUACAAAUUCUGUCGACGUCACCAGUGAGUCAGAACUACCUACUCCAACGACAUCUUCUUCAACUACAAAUUCUGUCGACGUCACCAGUGAGUCAGAUCCACCUACUCCAAUGACGUCUUCUUCAACUACAAAUUCUGUCGACGUCACCAGUAAGUCAGAACCACCUACUCCAACGACAUCUUCUUCAACUACAAAUUCUGUCGACGUCACCAGUGAGUCAGAACAAGCUUCUCCAACGACGUCUUCUUCAAUAACAAAUUUAGUCGACGUAACCAGUGAGUUAGAACCAGUUACUUCAAUGAAGUCUUCGUCAAUAACACAUUCUGUCGACGUCACGAGUGAGUCAGAUCCAGUCACUUCAAUGCCGUCUUCUCCAAUAACAAAUUCAGUCAACGUCACCAGUGAGUCAAAACCAGCUACUUUAAUGACGUCUCCGUCAAUAACAAAUUCAGUCACGGUCAACACCUAUUCGAAACAAACAUCAACAAUAACAUCAGUCACAUCAAAAAACGAUACAAAUACGUUAACAUCACUAUCAGGGGAAGGAGCAAGCACUACAACAACUCCAAAAACAGUGCAAAUGACCACAACGCUCACAAGUACCGAUGUAAUUACAACUAAUGGAAGUUUAUGUACUUGUUUUUGUUAUGACAUUAAUUCGAAUGAGUUCAGGGUUGAAAUAGAAAAGCUAAUUCGAGCAAUAGCAAUUGACAGAAAGACAAAAGAAUUAUUGAGAAAAGUUUUCCAAUUCUUUGUGGGAGAGAAGGAGAAAAAUAAGCCAUGGGCACUUCAAAAUCCCAUUAAAAGACUUGUAAAGGCAACAGGUUCUACAAGAAUGCGUCAAGCCGAAGAUUUGUGUCGGAGAGGGAGGACAUCGUUCUCAUGA